CAAAUAAUGGAGGAAGAAUCAAAGUCACCUCCUAAUAUUUUAAGUGAUAACCCCAAUGAAUACCAAAGUGCUGACAUAUUGGGUACUUUUGAUAAAGUCCAGAAUAAAGAAAAGCAACCUCUCGGUUACAUAAUUGGUCAAGAGGAGGGAAAACGCGAUCUUCUAGAAGGGAUAACACUUCUGCAAGAAUCCCCUCAUCUAUGGCCUAAAACACUCUUGUUAUAUGGACCUAAAGGUUCUGGAAAAGACUAUCUAAUUGAAAUGGUUGUUAAAGAAGCAGAUUGAAGAGUUGUCGCAAUUGACUGACCGAAGUCGGAAGAAGAAUGGAACACAAUUAGACCAGAUGAAUCCCAGACCUUUGAAGAAUGGAUGAUCAGCACUUACGUAGAAAAUUCAGAUGAGACUAACAAGAUCAUCGUCAUUAGAAAUAUUGAAAAUUUAACUGUAGACCCUGAUGAAUGCAUAAGGAGAGCCUGAACUCAGUUUUUAAUAAUAACUGGAGGGAUUCCUGAUCCCCCUCAUUAUAUUACUAUUCUAACAACUGAGUCUCCUUGGGAUGUUAGAGAUUCCAUAGUAAGGAAAGCCAAUAAGAGAAUUUAUUGCAAACUUCCGAACAGAGAUGAAAGACUCUCUAUGCUCAAGAAUGAUGUUCCUAAUUUGGAAUCGUUCUUUACUCCCGAAGAAAUUGAGAAAAUUUUGGAUUCUACUGAAGAUUAUGGCUACUCUGAUAUAUCCCAACAGUAUUUGAAAAAAACUUAAAAGAUAUUGU